CUUUUCUUCAUCUCAUCAAAUAACCCGGAAUAUCCAUUGGGGAGGCCCCGCUCCGCACCAUGUCCCGACCACCAUCCGCCGCCGGCUCAGCACCAGGGACACCGACCCCACGUGCGACCGCUAGUGGAGGUGCGACCCCCAUCCACACGAUCGUGCAGAACCUGCCAAAUUUAUUUCAGAUGUAUGAAAAGGGGACUUUGUCAGAUACGCAGGUGACACAGCUACGAACCCUCAUGCACACCCACAUCCGACAAAUAACAGCCAAUGCGUUAUCUUCGGGCCGUUCCAACCCUCUAUACUCUCUCCCUGACGCGAUCAACCCCUCUUUACCAUGGAAGACCCAACCGGCACUCGUCUCGCCUGAACAGUUUGAUUUGAUGAUCAAAACGGUGACAAAACAACUUAUUGAGGCUGCUACCGCUGCGGCAGCGAAGAGAGCAAGGGAGAAGGAGGCGGGGAAUGUGGCUUCUGCUGCUGUUGGAGGUUCUGGUGCUGGCGGGGGUGUGGGUGUGGGCACGGUUGGAGAAGGGCAAAUGCCGGGACAAGGAGCAGGACAAGGAUCGCAGAUGGGUACGCCAGCUGGCGUCGGAUCCGGUGUCGGUGGAGCAGGGAUAUCAAGACCAGGGACGCCCAUGUCAGCUACAUCGAGUGGAACGUCAUUACGGGCCAGCCAACCGUCGCCUGCUCCUCAAGUUCAGGGAACGGUAUCGACACCACCAGCAAUUGGGAGUACGGGACCGACGACGGGCUCGACGGCGGGACCGGUAGGUGCUGGAAUGGCGGCUGCUACACCUCCUAGACCGAGACCGCAUCCACCUGGGAUUUAUUCGCAUACAGAAUUGACCCAAUUGGCAAAGUUGAAUGCUGAAACAAGGAAUGCGUGGCUGGCCAAGGACCCACAAAGACAACAGCAAUUUAGCGCAUCAUUAGCAUACUGGCGUUCCCAACCCAAGAGCAACUUUCAACCCCAAAGCCGUCCGUCUCCCAAUGUUCACCCUGCAGGUCGUCCACCACCGUCCAGUGGCAACGCUCCUGGGUCCAGCAGCAACCCCAUUCCGAUCACCACCCCCAACCCCUCCGCCACCACCUCCUUCGCCACCGCCCUUCCCGACGCUCGCUCGUUUGCCCUCCGCCCCCCUCCCAACCAGAACCAAAACCAAAACCAAACCCAAUCAGUCCGGCCUCCCGCCCCUCCCGUCCCGCCCCCGGAACCUGAACCUCUUCGUCGGAAAAGAGUAUUACACGCCAUGCUCGGCGAAAUUGCACCUGGUUUAGCGAUGGAAGUAGGGAUGGAUGAUGCAUUGAGUGAGGUGAUGAACAAGUUGUUGGAGCAGGGGUUUGAAGGUGCGAUGAGGUUGGCGAAACAUCGGGGAGCAGAUAAGGUUGAACUGAAGGAUAUGGCAAGGUAUAUCGAUCAUGCGUGGGAUAUGGUCGUACCAGGGUUUGAUGCAGCACUGAGUCAUCAUGUACAUGUCGCGCCGGAGAGGGAAAGGAAGAAGGGCAAGACGGUGGUACCACGAGCAGCCGCCAAACCUGUCGUCAGAAAGGACGACGAAUGAAAAGAAAAAAGAAGGUUGCUGCUGCUUGCUUUUUACGUUGGCUGUGCAGGAGGAUUAGAAGGACGUGAGCGUUUCUACGAGGUUUACGAUGGGGUGGCUUUGAGGCCUGAUACCUUGUAUGCAUUAUAUAAGUUGG